CUCCCACCGGUUUGUAAACUGUUUAAUCUUGUAGAUUCCGAGGGUUGGGUCUGUCUAGGUGAACCUGAAGAUCGCUCUAUUCCUGAUAUCCCAAAUGACCCACCAGCAUACUAUAAGUCCAAUAGGUUGACUCCCCUUCCUUCCUGUCCAUCUAUCCCAGACCAUCUUGGUAGCAGAUCUUGAUCUCGAUAGUUGAAGAGAAUUUUAUUUAUUGUUAAAAGCUCAACUAAUUUAUGCAGUUUAAUGGCAUUUAAAUUUAGUUUGUUUGUCUAUUCUAUUUACCUCUUCUAACAAUGUAUUGGCAUCAUUUGCUAGAUCUUUAACAUGUAAAUGAGUAAAAGAUCUUAAGUCUUUAAUAGAUUACUAUCUGAUCAAUCUUUUGGGUAACAAUAUCAAUAGCCACUAUGAUUCCUUAGUUAUAUACUACAAGUAUCAUGGAGAAACGUACAGUGGAUAGCAUAUAGAGUAGCAAUUAGUUGAUAGUGAUUUUCUUUGAAUUUAAACUUGGUAAUGUACAACGAAAUGACCUUUCACAUCUUAUUACAAAUUGCAGCACAAAUCGAAGAAGUUAAAAUAGACCUUCUAGAUUUGGGUUCGAUAAUAGGCAAUAUGAAUGCCGAGGCAAUAAAAUUUAACAUAUAGAAAUACGGGAGUUCAUGAGUCUAAAAUUAAGUUCUUAUAUUGCUAUCCAAACAAAACUAUUUGAAGAAGUACUAAUAGUUUCUUGCUCAAAUGACUUAUAGUCCUGAUAUAUAUUAUCUUAAUUAUGAACAAGAAGAGGGCUUCAAAACAAACUCGAUAUAUAAUUGUUAAUUGUAGAAUAAUUUACAAUCACUCUUAAUAUAAUUCCUUCUACUCACUGACUAGCAGCAGAAUCAUUUACUUUCCAACUCUUUAUUGAUUUCAUACUCCUCUAAAGGACCUUUCCACAUCUUGCUCUACAAAUAUAAAUUGAGGUCGAGCUCAGUAUGAUUAGUUAUGCUGAAUCAUUUAUCUCAAAAUUUUCUUAAACUGUAUCUCAAAUAAGUUAUUGCUUUUUGUUCUGACAGACUAUAAUACUGUUACUGGUGUUUCUUCUUUUUAACUGAGGAUUCUUACAAAUAUUUGUUCAGUGCACUAUAGAGCUAUUCUGAUUGAGAUAAUUUUCAUUAUGAAAAUUGCCUAGACUCAUAAUAGCUUUAAAAAAUAAUCAUUUUUGCUAGUGGCUCAUUUGAAGAGACAAGGUAAUUAGAAAAGAUCAUUUUUUUCAAGCUUACUUCGCAGGAAGCCCCCAUGGCAGAGGCUGCAAUAAGCUCAUUGGUCCGGAAGAUCGGUGCUACCUUAGCUAGUGAAGCAACUAAAUCAGCAUCAUCACUAUUACUAACACGGAUUUCAGCAAAGAAAGAACUCAUAAAGGAUAUAUGUGAGAUUAAGGACGAGCUCGAGAGCAUGCAAUCCUUUCUACGGAUUUUAGAAAGAUUAAAAGAGAAAGAUGAGAACACAAAAAUAUUUAUAAAACAAACGAGAGGCUUGGCUUUCGACAUUGAGGAUAUCAUAGAUGAGUUCACUUAUAAGCUGGGCGAGGAGCAAGGAGGGGUUCUACCCACAACAAUUAAGAGCUGCAGAAAUAUCAUCAUUACCUGGCAUCACCUUAGCAAGAGGCUUAAAGAGAUCAAAAUUAACCUCCAAAACAUCAUGGAGAGAAGGACGCGAUAUGAUACGAAAGGAAUGGAAAAUGAAAUAAAACCUCUAAUAGCUGUUGGCAGUAGCAAGUGCUGCACAGAAUCAGCACAUUUUGUCGAGGAUGAUGAUAUCGUGGGUAUUGAUAAGUACAGGGACUUGUUGCUCGGAUGGUUAAAAGAUGAGGAUGAGCAGCAACAGCAGCACAUGAUAAUCUCCGUAUUGGGGAUGGGUGGUCUAGGGAAGACUACUCUCGUAACUCAUGUGUACAAUAUCAUCAAAGCUUCCUUUGAUGCUUGUGCCUGGGUUGCUGUAUCUCAGAGUUACGAGACUCAUGAUUUGCUUAGACAAAUCUUAAACGAGUUCUGUAGGGAAGAUCAUGAGAAAAGAGAAGCACCUAACAACAUUGAUACCAUGGAUUACAGAAGCUUGGUUGAGACUAUCCGCACUUACUUGCAGUAUAAAAAGUAUGUACUCAUUUUGGAUGAUGUUUGGAGUGCUGAUGUAAUGAAUAAUAUAAAAGAUGCACUUCUGAAUAGUAAUAGCAAGAGUAGAAUAGUUCUGACAACAAGGAUUCGUGAUGUAGCACUACUAGCUAAUGAGCACCGUAUGUUUGAGCUAAAGACGCUAGAGGCGGAUCAUUCAUGGGAUUUGUUUUGUAAAAAUGCAUUUUGGAAAAGUGCAAACAAGAUUUGCCCACCGCAUUUAGAACAAUGUGCUAAAAGAAUCUCCGAGAAGUCCGGUGGCUUGCCCCUUGCUAUCGUAUCUAUAGGCCGUCUAUUAUCAUUUCGAGAACAAACUGAUUCUGAAUGGGAGAAGGUUUACAAAGAUCUUGAGUGGUAUCUAACUAACAACGAAUCAAAACUCCAUGAAAAAGUACAUGACAUUUUGAAACUUAGUUUGGAUGAUCUUCCCCAUUACCUUCAAAAUUGCUUUUUAUAUUGUUCUAGUUUUCCUGAAGAUUAUCGAAUUCAAAGUGACAUGCUCAUAUGGCUUUGGGUGGCCGAAGGGUUCAUUGAAGAAAGAGAAAGAACGAUGGAGGAAGUGGCCGAGGACUACCUUAACGAACUUGUUCAUCGCUGUCUACUACAAGUGGUAGGCAGGGAUGACGUUGGUAGAGUUGAAGACUGUCGAAUGCAUGACAUCAUUCGAGUCCUCGCUCUUUCGGAGUCAAAGGAGUUAAGUUUCUGCAUGGUUUACGAGCAUUCAAGGACAAUAUUGCAGAGAUCCAAAGCACGCCGCUUGUCAAUCCUAAGCAAUAUAACUAAUUACUGUACUGAAGACAAAUCUCAUUUGCGUUCAAUACUUGUUUUCAACAAUUCCAUGAGCUAUGAUUUACUGAAGUCAGUCUUAAGAUCAUCAAAAUUUUUACGUGUCUUGCAACUGGAAGGAGUGCUAAUCGAGAAACUACCGAGUGAGAUCUGUAACCUAUUCAACCUGCAUUAUCUAGGCUUGCAAGCAACAAAAAUUAAGGAGCUUCCAAGAUCAAUCGAGAAGCUACAAAAUCUACAAAUAUUAGAUAUAGAUAAAAGUGAAAUAAAAAAGCUGCCAAAGGAAAUAACAGAGCUUCAAAAGUUGAGACAUCUACUUUUGCCCCGCAAUUUGGGUAAGAACAUCAAGGCACUGGUGGGAAUAUGGCGCUUGAAGGGCUUGCAGAGUUUGGCAAGUAUUAGUGCAACUAGGAGGAUUGUGCGGAAUGUAGAAGCUUUGACAGAGUUGCGGACAUUUUGGAUAACGGGCGUAAGAACACAUCAUUGUGCAGACUUGUGGAAUAGUAUCACAAAGAUGAACCAUCUUAGAGAAUUAUUUGUUGAAAGAGAAGAUGGGCAAGAAUUACAGCAGUUGGACACCCUGCGCUUACCUCUAACAAUUCAAAAAUUAUAUCUGGGAGGUGAAUUAGACAAAAACUCACUCCCUGAGCUUGCCACGUCCUUCGGGUCUCUAACAAACCUAACCUCAUUAGCACUUUCAUGGGCAAAAUUGGAUGAAGAUACAUUUCCUUACCUGCAAGCGCUGUCCGCGUUCAUGUAUCUUGAAAUUUUUGGCGCAUAUGAUGGCAUGAAGUUGCACUUCCAAGCAACAUCAUUCCCGAAGCUAAAGAAAUUGGCAAUAUUAGAUGCCCCGAACCUCAGUCAGGUGGAAAUAGAAAGAGGAGCAAUGGCAAGCCUGAAUAAGCUUCACCUACACAGUUGCCCCGAGCUAAAGGAACUGCCCCACGGUAUCGAGUACCUUACCACCCUUAAGGAUUUAUACAUUUUCUAUCCAGCAGAGGAACUUGUUGAGCUGCUUCUAGGAGGAGGAGAAGGCGACCGCGGCAAUGACUGGCGCACGAGGGUUCGCCACAUCCCGAAUUUUAUUAGUUGGGUCCAACGAGGCGGCAUGCUUGUCCAAAAAAGGAUUCAAUGAUUCCAUAUCAUGGAGGUGAGUUUGGGCGCUUUUUGCAAAGCACCGACCGAGCUUGAUGCUUUCAUAUUUUCCGCCUCAGAUCUUCUAAAUAAUCCGUGCUUGAGGAAAAUUAAAAAUGAUGAUCGAUCUGCA